AUGCACAGCAACAUGAUGUUUACAGAAGAAGAAUACGAAUCUCUUCCUCCGGCAUUACAGAGAAAGUUCUUCUCGAAUACCGAACGGCUGCGCAUGCGUCUAGCCCACAGCGAUCUCAGCUCAACUGCCAAUGGUGGCCCUGACUAUCCCCCAUCGGCCCUUGCCAGUGCGCUGCCCCGGCGCCUCCACUUCCAGAACCUCCGGCGUCGGCCUAAUCAUACUACUACUACUGCUACUCCUGCUAGUGCCACUGCUGGCUCAGCUGUGAGAAGGAGGGCCUCCAACAACAAGAAGAAGCGGUCUCGUCUCGACAAAUUCUCCUCGCACGAUUCUCACAAUUCCUCCGUCACCGCUUCCUCUCUCCUCUCUCCUUCCUCAGCUCAGAAACCUCAGCUCAGCUCCUUGCAAUUGGCCUAUCUCUCCGCCCAGGUCGACUCGCAGUGCUUUCAAUCGUUACCGCCCAAGGUCCAACAGAAGUUCUUCUCGCCAGAAGAGCGCGCCUAUCUUCGUCAAGUGUACCGCGAUAGUGUGAUUCUUGACGCGGCCGACCAAGCUGUGUAUCGAUUGGAGCAGAAGAAGAAACAAACGCGUCCUUCUUGUGAAAGCUUACCGUCUGACACCACUACCACCGACCUCUCCCAAACCUCUACCCUUUACAUCGAGUCGUCCGAUUCCGACUGGGACACGGAAGCAGAGUCCGACGACGAAGACAACGACGACGAUAUGGACAGCUCGCUUAACGACAGUUUCCGCUGGCUCGAUGCGGAUGGCGACCUCGACCUGAGACUGGAUGAUUACCAUGCCCAUGUUGUCAACACCAAUCCCGUCCCCAAGCAACCGCCGCGCAGGAAGCCUUCCUUCCGGCGCACAAUGUCUUUCUCCGCUAACCGCCAUGCUCGCAAAGCUGCUGCAUCCAUCUCUCACUCCGCGGUCCCCGGUUCGAGCCAGUCUUCCACAGUCCCCUCGUCUCUGGCCAAUAUCGUUGGUCGCACUUCGACCUCCCGACCGCCAUCCGGUUAUCAACGACCGACCAUGCACGCCCCUCGUUCAUCGACUUCGAGCAUCGACCCCGCUGCACAAUAUUACCAGGACCCUGAAGCUCGUCUUAAGCUACGGGUGUACCUAGCCUCGCCACAGAAAUUCGACGAAGCCAUCGAGUUCGGUUUCCCGGCCUUGAACGACAGUAAAGACGACAAUAGUCUCUCGGAACGUCCGGAAAGGGUUUCGGAGGGCCUCGCGUCACCAAAGGUGCAGAAGUUGACCGGCACGUUUUUCGAGGACGCGAAUGGAGCAGUUCACGGAAACCGCUGUUCGACUGACAAGACUCGACGGAAAUCGUCCCGGUUGUCGACUGUUGCGAAAACACCCCAGACCCUAAAGAACCCACCACACAAACGACAAUCAUGCACGGCUGCACCUCCACCGGCUCUCCGACGCGUACCCGGAAACCGGGAAAUGACGCUGAAGAUGACCUUGACCAGGCCCGAUCUUCGCGAGCAAUCGUCUCCAUCGGUAUCUCCCACCUCGGCAGAAGAUCCACUGAAGCCGAAAGAGCUGCCUCCGGUGGCCGAUAGCUACCCUGACAUCUGGGAUGAGUCGGAUUCGGAGCAACAAAACGUCAUGAAGAAGAUGUGGCGCAGGCUUCGGAAACCGAAGUACUAG